AUGUGCCCUGCCAGUUUCCGAGAGAAGGCCGGCCUGGCCCAAAUGCUGAAACACGGCGUCAUCAUGGACGUCACCAGCGUCAAGGAAGCCCUAAUUGCAGAGGAGGCAGGAGCUGUAGCAGUGAUGGCCCUCGAAAGAGUGCCUUCCGAUAUCAGGAAAGAGGGUGGUGUUGCCCGUAUGUCUGACCCGCACAUGAUCAGGUCCAUCAUGGACGCUGUGUCGAUCCCGGUCAUGGCCAAGGUCAGAAUUGGACACACGGUGGAGGCCGAGAUGUUGGAAUCUCUGGGCGUCGAUUUCAUUGACGAGUCGGAGGUUCUUACCGUCGCAGACAGACAGUACCACGUGAAAAAAGACGACUUCAGGGUGCCGUUCGUUUGCGGCGCAAAAGACCUCGGCGAGGCUCUCAGACGGAUCGAAGAGGGAGCAGCCAUGAUCCGGACCAAAGGUGAGGCCGGAACAGGCGACGUCAGCGAGGCAGUCUGCCACCUUCGCAAGAUCAGAAGCGAAGCAGACGAGCUGGUGGCCAACUGCGCUGUUCUGCUGGACGAGCCCAACAACGAGAUAGCUCUUCAGCGCUUGAAAGCAUAUGCGGACAAGUUCAGAGUGAGUGAGAUCACCGUUAUGGAGCUGGUCAAAAGCUCGGGCCAGUUGCCCGUGGUGAAUUUCGCCGCGGGCGGGAUCGCCACGCCGGCCGACGCGGCUCUGUGCAUGCGUCUGGGCUGCGACGGUGUUUUUGUUGGAUCUGGAAUUUUCAAGAGCUCCAACCCUGCCAAGCUGGCCAGGGCAAUUGUCGAGGCGGUGCACUGCUACCUCGAGCCGGAAGAGAUUCUGAAGGCGAGCUUUGAUCUGGGCGAGCCGAUGCGUGGCAUCCAGGUAAGCGGGCUCAAGGAUGAAGAAAAGCUGUCUGUGAGAGGCUGGUAG